AUGGAGUCUACAGGAGGGGGCGCGUGUACAGAAGAGGACAGCGCGCAGGCCAUAGGGGUGAAGAAGCGCGCCUCUGGGCUCUACAAUAUCGAUUCUGAUAUGUUCGAGGCGACGCUGUACGGAGACGUCGUGUCCGAUGCGUUCAAGAGCGAGCGUUUGGCGUCGAAGGCGCAAGCCUGGCUGGACAGAAUGGUCAAGCCCACGUUCGUGCACACCGCGGACAUGGGCUACGUCGGGAACGCGAAAACCGCCGAGAUUCUCAGGAGGGCCGGUAUAACCCGGGAUCCAGAGAACCCUGAGGAGUUCAAAGAACAGGCCUCGCGGGCAACCGUCGCCCGGAUGCGGAGGCUCGAGAACUUGGAGCAGGAGAUGGCGGAGCAGGCGAAACGGCUGGAACAGGAGGAGAACGAGCGGUUCCGGAAGGCCUCGUCCGACCUGGAACGCGUCAUCAACCGCGUGCAGGCCUGCGGAGCAGAUACGCGCCGCGCCAGCCAGCCGAUAACGCCCACGUCGCCCGGCACGACGCCGCGCAGCUCCCUCAUUCGCUCCCACGGGGCCUUCCCGCUCCCGUUCGACUUCCUCGGCUGGCGCAACACCCGCCCCAAGCCCCUCAUCGGUUCCCUGCCAGACGCAACUCCGCCGCGCGCAGCACACGACGCGCCGCAUCGCCUGCCGGGCCCCGCACCCGCGCCCCCGAGGCGCGCCACGAGCCCGGAUCGCCGCGGCGCGGUCGCGAACGCCGAGGAACCCACGCGGCAGAGCUCCGGAGCGGCGGCGGUUGCGGAGACGGAAGACGGCGCGCGAGAGCGGCGCUCCGGCGAGGGGUCGUCGGACGCGGAUGCGCGGGCGUCGACGGGGAUGCAGCGGACGCGGCGCGGGACGUUCGGGCGGUGCGACACGACGUACGCGGUGUCGCACGGCGCGUCAGACUUGGACGGGACGCGGGAGCUGUACCGCGCGCUGCUGGCGAUGCUGGUGGGCCGCGCGGGGGACUCGGCGCUGCGCGUGCGGGCGGGGCGCAAGGGCGAGCAGGCGCGCCGCGCCCUGCAGCAGGUUAUGCAGAAGAAGGUACCGAAGACAUCGUAUGAGGACUUCAACGAACACGCGGUGGAUCCGGAGACGGAGCGAGAAUACGGGGCGCGCGAGCGCUUCGUGCGAUGGCUCAUGGAGCGCCGGGCGUACUACGGGGACAUUCUGUCGCGCACGAAAGCGGAGGAGCUGUACGCACUCCUGCGCACGCUCACCCUCGACGAGCGCGAGGGCGUCCUGCAGGCCUUCCGCGACCUGUCCGCCGCAGUGCGUCCCGACGCGUUCCACUCGGAAACGAAGCUCAAGUUCCACGCGCCCGGCGUCGGGUUCAACGACCACGAGCUCAACGAGCUGACGCGGAAGAAGAUGCGCGGCAAUUUCCGGCGGCUGGAGCGGGCCGCGCCGACGGACAAGGCGUCCACCGCGCCGUCGCAGCCGGACUGGCACCCGGCGGGCUCCGAGGGCGGCGAGGGAGGCGGACUCCGGGACUCGCUGCGGGCGUCGCAGCGCGCGCGGCAGCCGCGGAAGCACCGGGCGGAGCGGAAGACGAUCGACAUCCGCACGCUGGCCGCUCCGGACAACGAGAUGCGCAGCUCGUACGAGGAGACGUUCGGGCAGGCGUUUGUGCGGCUGAUGCGCGUGAAGGCCGACCGGGAGGAGAUGCCGCCGAUUCACGGCAUCCGGACCCUCGGGAGCACUAGUGCGCUGUACGGCGCCGCGAACGAGACGCUGGAGGGCAUCGCGCGCGCGCGGCGGCAGUUCACGUCGACGCGGGCGAAGAAGGCGCCGCUGCUCGCGACGCCGCCGUCCCUGGCGCGGCGGCCGAGCGGGGCUGUGGCGCAGGAGGAAGCGGACAUGCCGCCGGCGCGCAGCGCUGGGUCGCCUGGGCGCGAGGCGGGCGAGACGGGGAAGCAGCGGGCGGUUCGGAGGCCGAAACGGAGCGAGAGCGAGGCGGAGGCGGGGCCGCCGCGCCGCACGCUUGGGUCGAGUUUUGCGGCGCGGUAUCAGGCGACGCUGGCGGCGCUGCCGGAGCGGCAGGAAGAGACGGCGCUGGAGAGAGGGAAGAAGGCGAUCGCGGAGGCGGAGUCGUACUUGCAGCGCUGCGAGGGCGGCGUAGCAGCACAGACGGGGUCGUCGGCGCUGCUGGGCAGCACGCAGCGGCGCAGGAAGGGGGCGGCCGCGGACGUGGAGGCGCGGAUACGCGCCAUGAUGACGCGCGGAGCGGCGCCGGGGCCAGCGGCGUCCGACGCCGUGACGUGA